AUGCAUUCUUCAUACGCCAUUCUUGCACUCGUGCCUCUGGCGCUGGCCUACGAAUCUGGCGUUGAGGACAGUGAAUCCAUCCCUGUGACCGAAUACCUGUUUGAGCUCUACGGAACUGCCACACCGACCGGCGUAACCGGUGCUGUCGCCACUAGCCUGGCUUCCGCCGUCUACAGCUACCAGAUGGCGAUAUACACGAAUGAUGCCUACCGGAGCGCAGCUAAUGAUGUCUACUGGGCUGCUGCCACCGCCACGAACUCGGACGAGAUCAUGUCGUCCUUGAGAACUCAGGGUGCACUGAACGGCGACUACACCACCGCCGAAUGGUAUACUCGAGACGUCCCCCAGAGUGCGCAGGACGAAAUGAAAAGCGUCUUUGGCGGCUUCCAGUCCGUGGCGACAAGCGUGCUCGGCGCUGCAGAGACGACGGGUGACUCUGCUUCCACAAAGGCGACUGUGACUGGGACGAACUCUACCCCGUCCAUCACGUCGACCCCGACUUCGGACUCGGCAUCAUCAAGCAAUGCUAGUGCCACAUCUAGUUCGAGCACUGCUGGUGCCUAUGUGGCCAAAGCCACAGGGGGCCCCGUGGCUGGUCUGGCCGCUGCCGUCGCGAUUGGCGCUGCCGUCUUUUACUAG